AUGCUUGCAUGCGCGUGCACGUUCCGCCUCCUCUCUUGAGAUCGAGUUGGGGUUUGAUAGUUGGAGCUGCCAGGGAACACAAUGUGUUUUGACGCUGAAACAUCAUUGUGACUAUUUGUGUUUUUAAAAGGCGAAGGAAAGUGAAUAAAGACGACUGGAGCGCCCCUAACCCCUGAGCUGCCCCCGGUGUGAUGGAUGGAGAGGAGCUUCUGCAGGGUGGGGACACGGAGGCCUCGUGGUCCCUGCUGUCCUGGAUGGCGUCCUUACUCAUGGUGUUCGGGGGGGCCCUGCCCUAUGUGCCCCAGUACCAGGACAUCCAGAGGAGCAACCACAGUGAAGGCUUCUCCACCAGAGUCUGCCUCGUGCUGCUCAUCGCCAACAUCCUGCGCAUCUUCUUCUGGAUAGGGAAGCAGUUUGAGCUCACCCUGCUGCUCCAGAGUGUGGUGAUGAUCCUCACCAUGUUUGCCAUGCUCCAUCUCUGCUGCACCGUCCAAAACAGCAACCGAGUGAGCACCAAGCAACACCGACUCUCAGACUUGGACGUGCGCUACUUCUGGAAGUGGAGCGUGUUCGAGGACUACCUGCUCUUCUGCUUCGGCUUCACCGUGCUGUUUGCGGUCGUCACCCUGCUGCUGCUGGACUCCGCCAUGUUCGUGGAGACGCUGGGCUCCCUGGCCGUCAUGUUCGAGGCCAUGCUGGGCUUCCCACAGCUGCUGCAAAACUUCCACAACUGCUCCACCAAAGGCAUGAGUGUGAAGAUGGUGAUGCUGUGGACAGCCGGCGACGUCUUCAAGACCGUCUACUUCGUGAUGAACGAGAGCCCGGCUCAGUUCUGGGUGUGCAGUUCGGUCCAGAUCCUGAUCGACGUGGCCAUCCUGCUGCAGGUCAUUUUUUACAGCCAAGACACACGGGUCAAGCUUGGCUAAGCACGACGGCGACUCAAGGCAGCGGAGAAACCAGGGCACGUGUGUACAUUUUUUAAAUGUUGAUAUUUGAUGUAUUUUUAAUAAAACAAUAGGUGCCACAUCGAUGGAAUUAUCAUGAUGGAUAUUUAGCAUCAAGAAGUCAAUAUAGAUUAUUUUUUGUUUUCUAUAAUGGUUUUCCUUGAAUCAGUGUACUUUAUCAUAAGGGAAUCAUGUAGACCCAAUUUACCUUCAACUGCAAUUAGGUAAACCAGUUUAACCUUGAUCAAACUACUUUUAGCCAAGCACAAUGAACCACACCUUUGCCUUUACAUUUUUAAGAUAAUGCAGUAUUUUUGUGCAUUUGUUUGCACUAUUUAUUUGUUCUCUGUUGAACAUGUUCUAUAUCCUCAAGUGUAAUGGACAUGGAAACUGUGAGAGUGAAACAUUAUUCACACUGGCAGCUCUGUUCUGCAGGACUGGCAUCUGUAGCAGCCAGUCCUGCACUGGGCUCCACUUCCUGACUGGUUUACACUCGACACCUCGCUGGACUGUUGUCAUGACGCAUAGUCUGUCAGGAUGUGGCAUGCUUGCUGGUGUGUUCAUGCAGCCCAAAUGGAUUUCUGCCGUUGGCCAAACCAAGGCUGCAGAAUGUACACAAAAUCCUGUUAACUAAGCAAGACAUCAAUCUGGUGCUUUGUGGUUUAAUUGACAAGCAAUGCAGCUAUUUCUCCAAAGUAUGGGAAGAAAAAUGAACUACAGAAAUGCUGCCAUAAAAAUGUUGCUGUAAUGCUUUGAUUCGUAACUAAAUAUUUCGUAGAUACCAAAGAACUCAUACCUCAGAUCCAAAUAUUGAAGGUAAAGUAACCAUAUGUGUGGCAUUGUAAUCUCUAACAUAUCAUCGCCCUAUUACUUGUUUUGAGUGUCCCAUCAUCUGCUGAUUCUUUCGCUCUUUAAAAAUACUCUUAUUCUUUGAGACUCUGAAACUGUGAAAAGAUGACUGAUGAUGACAACUCCUAUUCCCUACUGUGAACAUUUGUUUUGUACUACAAGAAAGAUACCUGUAGGACUUUAUGAAAAUGAUUAGGUCAGGGAGGAGGUGCUAAAUCUUGUGUUUGACUUUCAAAAAACACAAGAACCUCCUAGGAAGUAAAACUGGAAAUUGCCAAAUGUAUAAAUCAACUAUCUUUUUUUUAAGGGCUGGUAAUGACUAACUUGUUACUAUUGCCAGUGUGCCAAUGAGCGACCUUGGCAGAGCUGCAAACUCUGAAGUACUCAACCAAGAAUUAAGAAAAAUACAUGAAAUGCCAUUGUAACUUAUGUAUGACAUCAGUUGUAUGUCCCCAUUGCACAUCACCUAACCAACACAAUGCCUGAGUUGCAUUGCACUGAUGUAGCUAAUUAUUAAAUAACUAACUAUACCAAGAGAAGGCUUAAAUUCAAGUAUACAUCCCGGGUGAGAAAUAUAAAAGAUAAUUCCAUGCCCUACCAGAAAGUCAAACUAUCCUCCCAUUAGUCAAAAUAUGAAAUACACUCCCCAUUUUAUGACCCCCACUUACCCCCAAAUAAAUCCUGCAGAGUCCCUGAGAUGAAAAUAUUUAGUUUCCCUCUCAAAGCACGUUUAAUCAUUCCUAGAUUGGCAAUUUUUAAAGCUUUCAUUUAACUAGAAAUUCCCCAUUAAACAGAGGACAGCUUAUGUAAUGCAUGCCAUUACAGAAAACCAAAACCCUUAAUAAUCCAUUCCAGCCCUACAAAAUGCUAAGAAAAAUCAUAAAUAUUUGAUUCAGAAGAGCUGAUUUUCAUUUAAACACCAGUUUAUAAUUAUGGUUUCUCAAGGCGAGCUGUAGUUAUAUCACGUUUUUCUUCAGUUCCCUCUCAAAAAUAUUGAUGCAGGAGGAAACAAAUCUGUACCAGCAGCUGAUCAGUAGUCAGUGCACGUUUCUGUUCGCCUCCCCCCAAGGCAGAAUUUAAUUAAGUUGUAAGCUUUUUUACCAGCUUAUCAAUCCUUUGGUCACCUUUUUAACUUAGCAGGCAGUUUGUGUCCAUCUGCUAACACCUACAUAUUUUGUUUGAAUUACACACUGCAGUGGUUACCAGACAACCUCCUCCUAUAGCUGCCUGUAUGCCAUGGAAAACGGUUGUGAAGCUGUAUCGCAGUACAUUUCCGACAUAUCCUCAGGGUCAGCAUGUAAUAAACAAUAUCUACAUGAAAGAGAAUUUUGAUACAAUGUUGAGUGAGGUUUUCAUCGUCUGACAAGUCUUCUAAAUAUAACAGUGAUUGAGUUAGUAUCAUGAUGCUUUGAUAUUACACUGGGUUUAUGAGGUCUUGAUUUUCAGUCAGUGUAUGGGAAUUGCGCUUUUUCAGGCACUGGUUAGCUUAGCAUAAUGUCUGGAAAAGGGUCCAGGCUCUGUCGAAAACAUUUUAAAAGCACCUUCACAAAGUUACUGUUCCCUGACAGGAUAUAAAUCGGCACAAAACUCCCCUGUAGAUUUUUUUUUUUUUUUUUAGGUGCUUGUAUGCUUGUUAUGUUACUGUUGGAUUGGACAGAGCCAGGUUAGCUCUUUCGCGUCAUUAUGCUAAGCUAAGCUAACUGACUGCUCGUUCUUGCUACUUCUUUGCCCUACACAUGUAAGAGUGGUAUUUUUCUUCUUAUCUAACUUUCAGAAGCAAAGUGAGUAUUAAUAUGGUCAAAUCAAUCAUUGUAAGGCAUUUAAUGUCACUGGCCACAGGAUCAUCUAAGAUCAUCUAAAAAGAGGAACACUCCCUUCUGUGAUGGUGUAUAGUUGUAUCAUCCGGAUUUGUGUGUACAUAUGAAAACAACCCUUACUUAUUGGGGAUGUUAUAAUAUGUUGGUGUUAUGUGUCGAUGGAUGCACCUCAAUCAGUGUUUUUCUGUUGGUCCUUUAAAACAUGUCAAAUAUUUGUAGGAUCUGUCUAAAUUAAAUGUAUUUGAUCCAGGUAAUAGAUUUUAGCUGCGUGACCUUCCAUUGUGGGUAAACAUGCAUUCUCCAACUCUGUUUAUCUUCUAUUACAUUUGUAUAGGAAGCUUUAUGUGUCUUAUCUCCUAUACCCAGCCUACCACAGUUGUAUUAAAACUGCAUUAUGUCUGUAUUCUAUUAGCUCUUAUCACCAGAUGUGUAUCUUAAUGUUGUCCCUCUCUCAGAGCCUCAGUACUGCCCCCUCCUAGGAUUUAGUUUAACAUUUGGGCUCCCCAUGGCAUUUUCCUCUCAAGGACAUUGUGAUAGAUUACCAGAGUGCCCUGCUGUGGUAAUCCCACCACCAAACUCACAUUAUGGUUAACGUUUGUGUGUCCUUACCAUUGGAACACUGUUAAGAAAUUGGUGUUUUGUUGUUUUCUGAGGUGGGAGAGACUGUUACUUCUACCAGAUGCAAUAUAUAUUUUUCAUUUAACAUGAAACAGUUUGUGAAUUAUGCGUCACGUAAAAAAAAAAAAUGUUACUUACUUUUUUUUUUGUGAUGUCUUACUUUUCUUUUACAGGAAACCAAAAGUACAACCAAAAAGUCAUGGUUCCCUUUUAAUGUAUUUAAAAGUGUAUCAGAUCAUUUAAAUGUUAUAUAACAUUAUAAUGGUAAUACGAUGUACAAGGUCUGGUGCUAUCACACAUUUAAAUUGUAUGUAAGUGAAAUAUUUAUUAUGAUAUUUUCUCAAAUAUAAUUUAUAUUUCACAAAAUGGUUUUGGUGUUGUUACUGUCUCCUGUGGAUCCUUCAAACCUUUUUUUAAGAUAAGGUCAUAAAAUCUGUGAUAUAAAUGUUG